AUGCACAGCUACAGUGCAGCAGGUAAUAGCAAGACAGGACAAUGCAGCUUGAUCUAUAUAAAGUCAGUUUUUAAUGAGUUAAAUAUCUUUUUUAAAAUAUUUUCCUUUUUCUCCCAUGCCAUUUUUUCAGCUUCCUCCAUAAAUCAAGGUUCAACACUUGUUCCAGCUGGUACGGCUUUCAAAUCGGCUGUAUUAAUUCAACGCUGGUACAGACGGUACAUUGCUCAAAUGGAAGUAAGAAGAAGAUGCACCUGGAGUAUCUUCCAAUCCAUAGAGUACACUGGGGAGCAAGACCAAAUCAAACUUUAUGAUUUCUUCAACUUGCUUAUGGAUCACUUUACUCCUGACAACAGUAAAGAAAGGGAUUUCAUCUGCCGCAUAUUCACAGAAGAAGAGAACUUCAAAGACACUGAGCUAGAGAAAUACUGUGAUUAUGAAACAAUUGAGGUGCCUGAGUCAUAUACAGGCCCCCAUCUCUCCUUCCCUAUAAAACCUACUCAUGCAACAGCCUUAGUGGAAGCUUUCAAACAAAAUCAACAGCUUCAUUCUCGUUAUGUCUUACAUCUCCUGCACGAGACAAAGAAAUAUCUUAAGCAGCUGCCAAAUAUCAAACGUAUUUCAACCAGCUAUGGCAAAGAAAUCACCAUAUGUGGGGAUUUACAUGGAAGAUUGGAUGAUCUGUUUUUGAUAUUUUACAAGAAUGGUCUUCCAUCUCCAGAGAAACCCUACAUCUUUAAUGGUGACUUUGUAGACAGAGGAAAACAAUCCAUCGAGAUCUUGAUGAUCCUCUUUGCGUUCCAGUUGGUUUACCCAAAAGUUGUUCAUUUGAACAGAGGUAACCAUGAAGACUAUAUUGUGAAUCUAAGAUAUGGAUUCACAAAAGAAGUCAUGAAAAAAUAUAAGGUUCAUGGAAAGAAAAUCCUGAAAAUGUUGCAAAGUGUUUUUAGUUGGCUUCCACUAGCCACCCUGAUUGAUCAGAAGGUGCUGGUUACACAUGGAGGAGUAUCUGACACGACAGACUUGGAGAUACUGUCAAAAAUUGAACGGCACAAGUUUGCAUCAACUUUGAGGCCCCAUAAAAAGAAAGAGAAGAAUAAACAAAUAGGCAUACAGCCAAGUGAGGGAAAAUGCCCAAAUGACAACAAGAGUCAUAAUUUAGUAGCCACGUGGCCUUCUCCAAGGAGUGGGUCCUUCUCAUACAGUCCAAGUCCCCAUCUGAUACCAGCCUAUAAGGGCAAAAGGUCUGCCAGUAGCCCCACCACCAUGACCAUUGACAGGAAGGCGAUUUCUAAGCGUGUCCGGAAGUCUGUGGAUGAAGAGCUUGAAAAAUGUAGAAGGCAGGUUGGAUUUAAUCAGACCUAUGUAGAGCCAGACGGCUCUGCCUCCGUAUCAGAGUCUGACUCUGAAUCUGGUGAAAUGCAUGAAUGUGACAUAGACGACGAGGAAAAGAAACAGAUUGUCGAUAUAUUGUGGAGUGAUCCCAUACCACAAGAUGGCUGCAAAUCUAACACAGUCCGUGGAGGAGGGUGCUACUUUGGACCUGAUGUGACAGAAAAAAUCCUACAGAAACAUGGUCUGCAGAUGCUGAUUCGCUCCCAUGAGUGUAAGCAAGAAGGCUAUGAGUUCUGCCACAGUGGAAAGGUACUUACAAUAUUUUCUGCCUCAAAUUACUAUGAAGUGGGGAGCAAUAAAGGAGCUUUUGUCAAACUUGGACCUGACCUUGUACCACACUUUGUGCAAUACCAAGCAAGCAGGCUGACUAAUAAUUUGACCCUGAGACAAAGAGUAAGCACAGUAGAGGAGUCUGCCCUCAGAGCCUUAAGAGAAAAGCUCUUUGCUCAUAAAUCAGAUCUAAUGAAUGCUUUCAGAAACUAUGACAACAAUCAAACAGGCUACAUUAAUUUAAGUGACUGGGCAAUCGUGUUGGAGUCUGUAUUAAAUUUGGGAUUGCCAUGGCGAAUGCUGAGGCCACAACUUAUCCAUAGCUCUCCAGAGGGCCUGCUUAGAUACAGAGAAUGGUUUGAUGAACUUUCUGUGUGUCAGCCAAUCCAAGAGCAUUUACAUGAUAGUUUAUUGGAAGCACUUUACAGAAACAGAUCAGACUUAGAGACGAUAUUCAGAAUAAUAGACAGCGAUAGUUCAGGGCUUAUUUCCUUUGAGGAGUUCCAGCACACCUGGAAACUGCUUAGCUCUCACUUAAAUAUAGAGGUCAGUGAUGAAGCCAUCUGUAAAAUGGCCAGGAGUAUCGACUUUAACAAGGAUGGAAAUAUUGACAUCAAUGAGUUUUUGGAAGCCUUUCGAUUGGUUGACAAGCCAAAUAUUGAGGACAAGGAAUCAGAAAUGUAGAGAAAAUUCUGCACUGAAACCAAGGCUAGAAAUCCAUUAGUUCUGAUAAAUGCCAAAUAACAUGACACAUGUUCCUAAUAAUUUGGUACACAAUUGAAGUUCUGGGUGUGAGCUUGUACUUGGGUGGGUUCUUUAUGAACCAAGCAUCUGGCAGUUAAGAAAAGCUACUUAUCUGAUUAAAACAAAGAAUAAAAUGCUAAUUUUCUUGUAUGGUAUUUUUUGCACUUUAAAGUACAGGAACUGUAUUACUGAGUACAAAGUUGGAAAGAAAAUUUAAGAAAGCAAUCAUUAUAGUGAUAUUUCAGCUAAAUUAGGUUUUAUAUAUUUAUAAACAUGUUUCUGUGUCCCAAAAAAAUGAACAGGACUGACUGCCAGACAGGUUAGUAUGGGUAAGACCCUGCCAUGUAGUUAAAUGCAGAAAAUAGUAUGUGAGCUCUUACAGAAGGUCAUUUUUACCUGUAUUUAAUAUGCAGUGGAUUUUCUACUGUGUUUUACCGUGGUUAAUGCAGGAGUUAAUUGGCUUCAGUCUGACCUUUGGGUCAGCAGUUACAUGUGCUCCUUAGAGUACAGAACUGUUGAGGAGAUGAAUUCCUUUAUUGCCUGUGGUGGCUUUAAAAAAUACAGUGCAUGGCAAAAAAACAGUACAAAUGCCAUGUAAGAGCCCAACUACAUCUUCACAUAUAUUAUGUCUAGAAAAUGAUUAUGAACUUGAAAGUGAACUGGUGUGACAUGAAGGCUUAGCCUGUUCUUCAAGCUCUUUGGACACCUUACAAAACCAUUUUAAAGAACUGCAAUCUUUUCAUUUCCUGCUAUAUGAUAUGAGAAACAAAAAUUCUUGUAUGUGCAAAGUCAAAUUGGCAUAUAGUAUAAAGGUGUGGUUUCUGCUAUCCAGAAUGGGGGUUUCCCAGGUAAGAGGAAUUUCUGUAAUUUGGAGAACCUUUCGUAAAAUCUACUAAAUUACAUUUAAACACUAUAAACACAUGGAUUUAUGCUGGUUUAGUUAUCAUCUGCGUACUGUCUUUUUAUUAGAGAGGAGGAAUAGAUCAUGGAGAGUUAAAGAUUGUUUAAAUAAACAAUACAGGGAAUGGUGCAUUGUAUUAUCAGAUUUUGAAGCUUUCUGGCCAGUAGAUCACAUAAGUGAACCUAUGUCUUUGCCUGAAAUCAUUACCUAUUAUUUUUGCUUUUUUCUUUGGGCUAUCUUGUAAAUAAAUAA